GAUAAAGUCGAGUCUGAGAGCGUCUGUUGUCAGUAGACGGAGACGGAGGGAGGACAAUAAUCCGGUAAUAAUAAUUAUAGCCAAAAUAAAUAUCAAGUCCACUGCGGCAGCUUAGGGCGAGUUCACAGAGGUUGAGGUAAUCUUAAGAAAAGGGGGAAAGAGUACGACUCUGCCCCACUAUAACGUAAAUAUCUCAGGAGCACAUUGCCAUAGUCUUACUCACUCCAUCAGACAGAGAAGACGGAAGGAAAUAAGAGCGGGAUUCGGGGGAGUUUCUCGACAACGCAUUUCUCUCGCUCGCAGACAAACAAAUCAACCGAAAAUUGAUCACACAACAACAUUCAAGAUGCCUCGGGUUGUCCCGGACCAGCGGAGUAAAUUUGAGAACGAGGAGUUCUUCAGGAAACUCAGCCGGGAGUGCGAGAUCAAAUACACCGGUUUCCGAGACAGACCACACGAGGAGAGGCAAGCCAGGUUUCAAAACGCCUGCAGAGACGGACGCUCAGAAGUGGCUUUCGUGGCGACGGGCACCAACCUCUCCCUGCAGUUCUUCCCCGCCAACCUGCACGGGGAGCAGCGGCAGGCGCCCACCAGAGAGUAUGUGGACUUCGAGCGGGAGACGGGGAAGGUGUACCUGAAGGCUCCGAUGAUCCUGAACGGCGUGUGUGUGAUCUGGCGCGGCUGGAUCGACCUGCAGCGCCUGGAUGGGAUGGGCUGCUUGGAGUACGAUGACGAGCGAGCUCAGCAAGAGGACGCCUUGGCCCAAGCUGCCUUUGAGGAGGCUCGCAGGAGAACUCGUGACUUUGAGGACAGGGAUCGCACACACCGCGAGGAUCUAGAGGACACUGUGGCAUCAAAAAUCUGGGACUGAUGACAUACAAGGACCAGGCCUAGGCGACAGCAGGAUCCCAGCCCUGGCUCCAACAUGGGCAACGCUGAUGAUCACAAGAUGCGCUAAGCAGCGAUGGAUGC